AUGACCCGCAUUGCAUUUAUACCGGAACCAGAUUUUCGAAACGAGGAUCUUACAAGGGUUGGUCGAUCUAAACAAUUACGCAGGCAACAAAUCCGAAACACAAUAACUCCACACCUUAAAGAUCAAAUACAUCAUCAAAAACAACCACAAGAAGAAGAAAUGUUGGAAUUUGUCAACUGUCUCUUUCGAGCAUUCUCAAUCCAAGACAUACAAGAAAAAAUGAAUGCUUCAUUAUUACAAAUAAAUGGUCUCAAUUAUUCAAAACAUGUUGUUGAAUCAUCACCAAUGAUAAUACCAUCGACUCGCUCGGCAUUCCAUGUUAUACAAAAAACUCCGUUCUCAAAAAAGUCUUACAGGAUACGGACAACAUAUCCAUAUAUUAACCAAAAGCGAACGGCACCAAUAAGAGUUGUGUUCUGUUCUCAGUGUUGUUCAUCGAGCAAAGAAACUAUACCGUCACCAUCUCGCUUGCCAUCUACUUCACUAAUACUUAAUCGACUAUAA